AUGAGAAAUUUACGACAACCAUCACAAAAGCUUGAGAUUUUAUCAAAUUUUAUAAUAGAAAAUUACAACAAAUUUAGAAAGAAAUCAAAUAUUACUAACAAACCAUUAAUUGUUGGAUUAAAUGGAAUACAAGGAUGUGGUAAAACAACGAUUGCAAAUGAACUUGUAAAAUAUUUGAAGGCUACAAAUGAUUUGUCAGUAGUAACAUGUUCAAUAGAUGAUUUCCUUUUAACUUAUAAAGAUCAAUGUAAAUUAGCGGAAAAGAAUUUUGGAAAUAAAUUAUUAGAAUUUAGGGGACAACCAGGAACUCAUGAUAUUUUACUUGGAAAACAAAUUUUACAAGAGUUAUGUGAUGUUCAAAAAAAAUACUCUGACUUGCACGAAAAGUUAGAAGAAGAAGGAAGUCUGAAAUUUAGUAAUUUAAGCGUCUCGAUUCCAAGUUAUGACAAAUCAUUAAAUAAUGGAAGAGGAGAUCGAUCCCCUAAUUGGAAUGUCAUCUUACCACCAAUUCAUAUUAUUCUUAUUGAUGGAUGGUGCUUAGGAUUCAAUCAUUUAUCUUCUUCUAAACUCAAAGAAGCGUAUGACAAUGCAUCAUCUUGUUCGGCAUUAAAAUCUCAUCCAAUUUCUCAUUUAGAAAUUAUAAAUGAGAAUUUAAAACAAUAUGAAGAAAAUUGGUAUCCCUUUCUUGAUAUUUUUAUUUGUAUUGAAGCCGAAGAUAUUAAUUAUGUUUAUCAAUGGCGUUUAGAACAGGAACAUAAUAUGAAAAAGACGGGAAAAAAUGGAAUGAGUGAUGAACAAGUUAAAAGUUUUAUUGAUAGAUACAUGCCUUCUUAUGAAUUAUAUUUGGAAACAUUGUAUAACGAAAAUUUUUUUUCUGGAAAUUUUAAAGAAAUAUAUGGAAUGCAUUUGAAGCUUUUGUUAAAUCGGGAAAGGGAAAUUAUUAAAGUAACGUUAUUUUAA